CGCAUACUAUGUAGGUAGGUAGCAAGCAGAACAGGCGUCGAAUACCAUGUCAGAUACUAAACCGUGAUGGAUCGAGUCUGGGAAGUCGGGCCAGAUUCACAGUUUGGUGUUCUGCCGAGAGCGUGAUCCAGCCCUGCUGUCCAAGCAGGAAAUAGACAUGGGCGACUGGUUCAUCUCGAGUGACCGAAAAAGGCCGAUCUGCAACUCACAGCCUGCACUUGUCCAGAUGUGUCUGUCUGACUACCCGCCUUCCCCCGCCCGCCAUUUUAUCGUGCGUGGCUGCCACGGCAGACUCGUAAUUAGACCGCUCGGGGGUUGGCUACAACCGAAAUGGGCAGGCUUCUUGUGGCGUGGUUAAUAAAGAAGGCCUUGGGUAGUUCCUUGUUUCUUCCCACGACUGCAAAUCGGGGCAUGCACGACCCUGUCGUGAAUCGAAUGUCCACCGCUUCCCAACGGCCAUGCAUCAACGGUAUUUUGUUGGUCAGUAGAGGCGGGCGCAUCGUCAACAGGCUAGGAGAGAGGACGCCACUGAUCAGCGUUCCUGCUUUGGCACGGAGAAGGUAAACCCUAACACGACACGGGUGAGCCUUGACAACGAUCGUCGGAGGCUGCGACUCAUUAUGCCGCAGGUCGGAGAAAUCGGCCGACGGAGAAAAAAAAAAAGAAAAAGAGAGAGAGAGACAGAGAGAUGGGAUGACAAGUUUGACAUGGGGACUCGUCGGACCGUCAAGCAAGGGUCGGGGAUCGUUGGGGCUGGAGUAUCUCUCCGUGCGAAUACCUGGGCCUUGACUACUGGCCUCGUUCGUUCGCCCUUGACCCGCGCAGCUGGGUUGGC